CACCAUUAUGGCGCACCAGACUUACUCGCGUUUCGUGGUGUCGUAAGAAGCGGAUGACAGGACACCGCUCCCAUCCACGGGAGCAAGACGACAUUCGUAGGGACAGAUUUAUUGAUGGAGGCCACGCCGCGCGUCCUUGCUCCAACCGUCUACAUGUAGGCUCGAGUUUGCUCUGAAUGGCUGUUGCCUGGUCUCUGCUUGACAUAAAGCUGCGUCGGGCAGCCUGCCAUCAGCACGUAAGCGGGCGCUCAGCCAACAAGGCGCACGUCCUGCAGACCUUGACAGAAUCCGGGAAGAAGCUGACAAACUGGACAUUUGGUGUGUCACAACUCGCCUUUCGCACGGUCCUCCGAGACGGGCUCUUACAGAAACACGGACAGCCUUGGGAAGCAGAGUUCGCUGGAUCUUUGCUCUGUGCGGAACCUGAGGCUCCACUCACACGACUGACGAGCAGCGACCGACCUCCGACGACACCUCCCUGGCCCGACCCUGAUACUCACCACCGCUCAACGGCACGACGACACCAACUCUCCUCGCCCAGCCUUGGGAAGACUCGUCUUCAAUCGACACCCCACCGAAAGAGCUUCAUUGUCUGGGCACUCCGACCCUCCCGACUACCUUUCGCUGCUCGUCCGCUCGUACGCGGCUACCUAUCUGCGCGCCCAUCAACUUCUCCACCUUGACCACCACCACCCACCACCCUCACAUCCGACACGAGUUUACUUCGAACCAUUCCCCGGUGCGACGUUUGCUGCCUCGCACGCCGCGCGGACACACACCUCUAUC